GUUCGCGCGCUCGCGUCGCCCGCAACCGGCACUCGUUUUCACUACUCACACUAUUUCUGUCUAUAGAAAAGCAAUAAGAUUACAAUAUAUGAAAAGAAAAAUAGAUCGACUCAUGUGCGGACGAUGAGAAAAGUGCGAAAAAAAUAUCGAUAGUCGCAAAGCGACAGUGAUUCCCGAUGUUACAGUGAUUACAGUGACUUUAUUUAAUUUUACAACGCAAACGCCGCUGAAAAAAUGGCGCUUGUAAUGUUACCCUGCGACCUUCCCUGGUGGACCUCCGUGCAACGUCAUUUAAAACAUCUCCUUGUAGCUUCUUCAUCUGCAAAAUUAACAGCCAGCAUGUUGAAAAUUCACGAUAUGUGCAAUAUAGGGAUAGAUCCAGAUGACGAUGUCAGGGAUCCGGAUCUGAUGAAAGGGUUCGAAAAAUUUUUAGAGGAAGAAUUAACUGAUGAGGAACGCAGAACUUUCUUGGACAAUACAAUCCGAAUCAUGGUGAAUAGAGCACUACAUUUAAAAAGAUGGCGCCCACCCAAAGGACUUAUGUUUAGUUUACAGCAACAAAGUGACGUGACUGAACUCGACUAUAAUUUCCUUUCGUCACUUGUUGCCCACGCAUUCUUUUCAACUUUCCCGAAACGGACGCUCAAAACACAUCCGACAUUGCAAGACUUCAAUUUUACGCAUUUUUUUAAGAAUUUACAUAGAAAAUCCCAAAGAAAUAAAUUAAAAAGUCUCCUUCAUUACUUCGAAUGGUUGGAUAAGAAUAGUAACGAAGGAUGUAUUAAAUUAAGUAGACAGGUAAUGACAUCUAAGCAGUGGUUGACAAUAGAAGACUGGUUGGAAUGCUCACUACCUCUUUGUAAAUUGUUGGUAAGGCACGAGGGUAGGCCGGAGCGAUGCGAGACCGAUGAUGCACUAAGAGUCUGUUUUGCUUCUAGCAGAAUCGGUGGGGAGGUAUUACUUGAUGGGGAGUCGCAGGAAUCCUUAACAAUGUUUAUGAUGCCUGAACUUCUACCUGCCAUGCUUUCCGUAGAGGCGCUCGAAGACAACGAAGUUUUAAAAGUAGAAGGUGUUAGAAUGUUUAGCAGAAUUAGUGACAAAAGGCAGAAAAACAAUAUAGAAUUGCUGGAUGAACCAAAAACUGUAACGGUGUGUCUAAUGGAUGCAGAAGAUUACAGUGCACUACCACUAGGCCAAUGGGAAGAGGAUAACAUUCUUCGAGAACUAAACAAAUGCCUGUUAGCAUACCAACAAACUCCAAUGAAAAGCCGCGAAAUUCAGAAACUUGAAAGACGGCUGUCCCCUAUAGGGGAAUCGUUUAGCCAAACGCCCGAAGUUGAAACCACAGUAAUGAUAAAACAAGCUUCCUCAUGUAGUACAUUAAACAGUAUCGCCAGCAGAAGUCCUUCACCGCAAAAUUACAGCGCAACUGCCCUCAAUCUCAAUGAUCCAAGUGUGGAAUUACAAAAGCGUAAAUGCUGGCUUUCGCCCGAUGCUGGCACGUUGAACAACCGGCGGGGCAGAUUCAUAGUCCUUGGCUCUUCUGGAGAAUGCCUGCCCGUGACACGAGGUUCAGGUCUCUCGGACACCCAAGAAGAUAGCCUCUAUUCCAGUUGCAACUCCAGCGAUGAUGAAUUUCAUAGUGCCAAUGAUAGCUUUGAUUACGGUAGCGAAGACGAAGGUAGAGGAGAGAGCGCACGUCCAAAUUCAUUCCAAUAUUCCAAAGAUUUAUCCACGGAAGAAAGGAGGAUAAGUUUCGCCGAUCGCCUUAGGGAGGCUUUGCGGAGGGAGGCAGAGAAUUCUUGCACAACAAGCACAACCGGGGACUGGUCCACGGACAGUUCAAGUUAUGCUGUCGGAAUCAGCAUAUCUGGUGCUGAAGUUAAUGACAAUGAUAUUAGGGUUAAACGUGGCGGAUCCGUAGGUUUUGUAUUGACGGAGAAAGAUAAUUUAGAAAAUGGAAACCAGCCCCCGAGACGUCUUCUUUCCAGGAAAGAAACCGGGAAUAGUUCCAAAUACAGCUUCAGUACAGAAUACACUUCAGAAUUAGAAGAAGUUUACGAGCAAUUCAAUCAGUGGCUAAACGAUCCAAUCGUUGAUAAAGAAAACACAGAAAACAAAAACAGGGAACUGGAUUCUCGAGAUUUAGCUGUGAUAAGAUUUGCUGGCUCACUGUUAAAGAGAACGCUAAGUGAGUCAAUGGCGAGCGGCACUUGCAACGCUGGUGCUGAUGCGGCAGAGCUGUACGGGCGGGAUUCGCGGGAUAGAAUGGCACCACGUAGCCUCGCUCUCGCCGCUCGCUCGCUGUCCCUCGAGCUCGCAAGACAUCGACACCGACUCGCCGCGCAUUUGAAACGUAAAGUUAAAGAAUCGAUACCAGAAGAUGUGUUAGAAAACACGGCUGCCAGUUGCGAUAUAGAUGAUAGAGAUUCCAAUGAUAACGAAAAAUCAUUCAAUUCAUCUACUGAAACCAACUCUACACAAUUAUCCAACCCAGCAGUGAGAAAGAAAAAACUGAAUUGGGUAGUCAACAUGAUAGUCGAGACUAUAGAAGAAACUGUUGAAUGUGAACCAGUGACGAUUAAAAUAAAAACACCGAAGUUAAACCAACUGGCUCACAAGAUAGUAACGGGAGGUGCAUGCCGUCCGGUUGCCACUGGCAACUGGGGAUGCGGAAGGCGGCAGCACGGACAACCGCAACUAAAACUUCUCCUGCAAUGGUUAGCAGCCAGUGUGGCUGGCGUGCCAGCUCUCAUAUAUUACACUUUCGGGAACGAGAAGUUAUUUAAAUUGGAUACAUUAGUAAGGGUCCUAACAGACAGAAAGUGGACAGUGGGUCAACUGGCACGGGCAAUGCUAAGAUUCGCACGACAAACGCUGCACGAACCGCACGUCAUUCCUGAUAAUCAGACACUGUUCGACGAGCUCAUCGGCAUAGAGAAAGUCCCUGAUGAUUAUUAAAGGAUUCUUAUCAAUUAUGUUAUAAGUAAAAAGAGAUAGAAGUGCAACGUUAAAACUUGGCUAAUUAGCCAAUCAGAGAUCAGUCGUGCGUUGUGACCCAACGUGAUCAGUCUUGUUGACACGACCUGCAUACACUCGGAGUCUCCGGACCAAUAACUCCAUAGUCGUUUGUAUGCUCCAUAUAAUAGGUACGAUGUCAUCUUGUGACAUUGAAAUGAUCGUUUCUUGCCAUUUCUCUACACAUUCCUUUUUACUUAUAAUAUUAUUGCAACUUUCUAACUCGUUUAUU